CGCGUUUCAUCCCUUGACGAGGCAGUUAGUGUGUUGAACACGGUUCCCGAACGCGCGUCAUGGCCAAAGCGGCCUCCCAGGGUGGUCCAACUUACCCCCUUAUCAUCAUCAUCACCAGCAACAACAAUAACAACUACCACUGCAACAACAAUAACAACAACAACAAUAGCAACAGCUACCAGAAGAACGGAGCCGAGUUGUGCUGAGUGUUAGAAGAACAGGACGGUUCAAUCAUAGCAGGCCGCGGUCGGAAUCAAAGCAGGCGCUGGACCAAUCCGUGUUUCGAACGGUGAUUAGACCAGUAGGCAAGUGAUUCGGAAUCGUCGAAACUGGGCACAAAUGAUCCUUCCUCGGUGGAUAUGAAGCAACUGUGUUGAAGUGAUUAAUUCCUGAAUAGCCAAGUGAAAAAAAAACAGUUCUAUGAAAACGGAAUAAAUUGACGAAGAUUCUAGUGAGUGCAAACUACUAACAACUAGGAAUAGGAAAUUCUAGCUUACAGGAUAUUUUCCUCAUUCAUACAUCCGCAAACAGCGGCAUACGUGAAGAGCCCCCCGGAGAGAACGAGAGAUACCCAGAGUCUAUUUUUAUACACUGUCAAGUCCAGCGCUCGGUUUCGUCUGUAGGAAGCAUCCGCUCUGGAAGAAGAUUUACGAAGCACGGCAAAAGAAGAGUUUACACAAGUGUAACGGCAAGAGUCGCGAAAGAGGUGAAAUCGAGUGAAAACUGUGUGCUUCGGUGAAGAGAUUGUGAUAUCGGAUAAAACACACAAGUGCUUCUCGGGAUCGAUCCGGAUACGUCGCCUCGUAAGUCGGAGGAAUCGGAAAAUCACCGAAAACCCUCAGCGCGUUCGCGACCCGUAUUUCCCCCGCAUUCUCGGCUCCAGUUUUCAAAAGGUGAAAAAGCAACGGCGACAGGAUAACAACUUCCACACAAUCGAUAUCGGAAAAGGACAGUGGUGGAUUCAUACGGAUGUGCUAAAAAUAGACUGACAAAGCGAGUGUAUAAUUGCAUACCACCGUUGUGAGAGUGUAUCGAAUAGCCGAAGCGGAAACGGACAAUCGAAGAAAAAUAUAAUAAGAGAAAACAAAAAAAAAAACAUCCAAGCAGGCCGUCCGAAACGCGGCCGUGCAGGUGAAAUUUUUCCGAACAAAGAAGGCGGUGAAAAAAAUCAAGCAGACGAGAAUCGAAGUUGGCUUUGAACCUGUUGAUUAUUAACUUGUUACGUGUGCGUGAGUGCGGUUUGCCUAUUUCGCCGCUUGGGAGCGCACACGCAAGGUCACCCGUGUACGUGUGACUGCCUGUCACUGCUCCCCGCUACUCACUCUCUCCAUCACGCUCCGUACUUCUCCGUGUCUUUCACUCUCCCCCCGAACACCACCCACAACCCCUCUCAACCCCCGCAACGCAUCACCAAUUAAUUGGCUCGCGAACCACUGUACAUAGUCCUUCCGGAAACCGCAAACCCCAAAGUCCAAGCUUAGCCAUGUUCCGUCGCCAAAUCCUGCCGAUUCUGGCUUACUUGAGUGUGCUCUCCAGCACCUACUCCCUGCACAUGGCCCGCGAUGCUUACAUAAAAGCACCUCCACCUCCUCCGGCCGCAGCUGCUCAGCUAUUAGAGGAACUGGACGACAUGUCCGAGCUGCUGGCGGAGAACAGUAUUCCCGCGGGGCCUCCACCUCCCAUCUUAGUGCUCCCCCAUAUGAAACAGCCCUCGUUAUCCUCCGCCUCAUCGCACCAUCACCAGCAGCAGCAACAGCAGCACCACCAACAGGUGCUGCUCUCGCCAGCCCAGCAAUCCCCGGAAAGGUCGCCACAUGGCGUCGGGGUCGUAAUCAAUCAUCUAACCAGUAACGAACUGCCCGAACUGAGUCCACCGCCGGUGCGCCAUCCGGUCGGACCCCUAAUUCAACCCCGCGGCCUACAGGAACUGUUCGGGGUUCAAACCAACUACGACCUGCGCAACUCCCCGACGGGACAGAACCCCAACGGCGACGUCAACGACAACAGCAACAACGACUUGGGCAGCGACGAAGAUCAAUCCCCGCAACAGCAACGGAACCCCAGUAAUAACAAAAGAUCAUCGCACAGUAAUAGCAAUGGCGGAGGAGGAGGUGGACGUGGAGGAAGUUCCAUGGAGGCCAACGGGGCUGGUGGAGGUGGUUCGAUGGACAGCAGUAACAGUGGUAGCGGCGGAAGCAGUAGUGACGGAAGCGGUAACAUGCCGACGAUUCCGCACGACAUGGCCAGCCAGCUGAUGCUGCGCAGUGCCCGAGGUCAGCGGCAGUACGACGUCCCGCAAAUCGAAUGUCCGCCCGCGAUGGACGGCAUGGAGCGAUUUGCCUGCCCGACGCCAGACCGGCAAGGUCGGUAUCGAUGUAUAGACGACCACGUGCUCUGCGACGGUUUCAUCGACUGUCCGGAGGGCGAGGACGAGGACCGGCAAGCGUGUAUGUUCUACAAAACGACGAAGGCCCAUCUGGACGUGCUAGCCGACGCUUUACUCAGAUGGGCAAGAGGACGUUAAGAUGCGUCGACUGGAACAAACCCGCACAGACAAAAGCAUUGAACAGACGCCACACAUACCCCUUCAGACACAAAACCAAUACCAAAGCAGAGACAACCGUUAAUUAUAGAGCAACAACAAAAAAAAUAAAAGGAAGUGAUCUAUUUUUAAGAUGGAACCGCGGAUUAAUCCUGAAGUCUCUGUUGCAGAGCAAUGAUGAAGAAAAACUGGACAGCUGUAAAUAGGACGAAUGACAGACGAAUACAAAACUCACUACAAAUUCUACAGAUUAAACUGAAAAAAAAAAUCCAAAGAAGGUAUAUAUAUACAUAGAUAUAUAUUUGUUAAGGACAACACUCUUCAAGCAGGCAGCUGAUGCAGACUGUUACGUGUGUACGAUGUUGUAUAGAAGCGGAGACGUGUAUAGGCAGACUUAGAGAGGAGAGUGCGUAACUGAUUAGUAAAUCGUUGGCCCGUUUAUGCUGACCGUUAAACGAUAACCCCCGGGCGACGAUUAUGCAACUAAAACCAAAACCAAACAAAAAAAAACAAAACUAACGGCGCAAAAAGUGUAAAACACUUGAACAAAUCGACACUGUAAGUACAUCAAAACAAUGGUAGAUAUGUAUGUGUGCGUGUAUAAUACAAAACACAAACCGAGCAGCAGCAAACAAUUCUUAAAGCAGUACCAGUAUAAAGUGCAAUUCCGUGAUAUAUUGGUUGAAUUUUGUUUUUGUUAGUUUAAGAAUAAAAAAAACUCGACAUUAUUAUCAGUCACAAGGAUACCUACAUUCUGGAUGAAAAGAGGCUAAUAGUAGCAUCACUCGCCAGGCGAAGAAACACGAAACGAUCAAAACGAUAUUUCCAAACUGAGAAAUUACAGAGCGCUUCAUAUCUAGCUCCGGUUAAAAAUAGACGUUAGGCUUUAAUUGCAAGAUUUUCCGAAUUUGUUAAGAUGAUGUGUAUAUUUCCGUUUCGUUUUCAUUUUCCUGACAACGCGAACUGAAGUCUAACGAAGCAACUUGUAAAAAGAAUACCAAACAACUCUACAAACAUCCAAGAUCGUUAUAAAAAUAAUGGAAUUAAGUCAAAGAUAAACAAAAAAAUCUUGCAGAAAACUAUUCUCAUGGACAAGGCAGCUAUAUUGUAUAGAUAAGUCACAAUUUUAACAAAGUAAAUGAAUCCAACCUUAGUGAACUCUCAAAACAACCAACGCUAUUUCACAUUUAAGGGAUAAGUGACACUCAACAUCAACACGCCAACAGUACACGAUUUACUCACACUGAGAAAAGACACCUACAAUACAACAACAGCCAACAGCAAUUCGUUAUAUCAAUCUUUCAAUAGUGACAUCAAAGCAAGCCGUAUUUCGGUACGGAUGAGCAGCUAUCAUGAAACAUUCCAACUAUACCGACACAAACACACAUACAACACUAGGCAUAAGCACAAACAAACGAACGCAAGGGGCCCAACAAUGCCAACACAAAACACAGACACAUUCACACAUGAACACGUCAAACUUGACCCACACUUGCCAAAAAAAAACCAAUCAACGCGGGGCCCCUCGGCAGCAAGCUGAAUACAAGGAGAACUAAUGAAAUGAAUAUAUAUGAUAUAAAAAUACAAGAAGUCCGCGAAGAUCUUAUUUUAGUCAAAGUUUUAGUUACUAAUUAAAAAGGGAGACAAAUUCUGUUCCAACGAGACAGGUCGUUUUUGUACAUAGGGUAAAUACAAGCCGAACAAACAAACAAAACUAAAUCGUACUAACACAAGCUACAUAUACAAACAAUCACAAUAAGCACUCUUCAGCACCACAGUCGCACACGUGUAAAAAGAUUUUUAAGAACGCACCUUUACACAUGCACAAAAACACACCAGGCGGAAGAAGCAACUCGCACCUUUACAGGCUCGAUGACAGAUAAACGAUAUGACAAACAAAAAAAAAACGAUAACAAAACAAAACGGGAAAUCUCUAUGUUUUUUUCUUCAACUUCGCGCACACCCACACACUUACAAUCUCGCGUGUUUUGCUCUUCCGUUUCGAUUGUGUUUAACUAUUCACCGAACAAGUUCGUGUCUUUCAAAUCAGAGCCUACUGCGCGCGAGAAACUACGACAGUGAAACGCGCAUCGAUUGUCAAGCAAAACAUAAAAAUAAAAACCAAAUACAAAAUAACUGUUACAACAAUUUUCGCUAGCGAAACAAAUCGUGAUACACCCAGUGUUAUGGACGAAGGGGAGGGGGUCCUAAUCAAAAUGAAAUGGAUGUGGAGUAAGAGAGAGAGAUGGAACGAAUGGUUAGCGAAAGAGAAGCUGUUACGUGAUGGAACAUUGUUAAGAUCCGGGAUUGUGAUUCGAGGGAAGGAAAGCAAAUGAACGAACGAGAGAAAACAUGACAUGUGACUGAAUAAUCGAUGAUAUUAGAUUCAAGUGGUUAAUGUUACUAGGGAAUGUAAAAAGAAAAUGUUAAUUAAUCGUGGAAGUAAAACACUCUCACACACACAACUUAACACACAAAUUCUGUGAGGUAAAGGCAAGUGAACCGUAUGGUAAGGGAAAAUUUGUUUUACAUUGUUUUAGUUUGAUGUUUCCGUGCAGCAGUAAUGGUUCAAUUGAUGUACAGUGACCAGCUCUUACCAGAUCGAACAAUUAAUUGUCAAAAUGCAUUGUUUCAAGGCUACACUCAUACACACGUACACAGUGUAGUCAGGCAAAUCGUAUUGGUUGUGGAUAGCAGUUCUCGAUUAGUUUCUUGUAUAAAACAAUGAAGAAUUUAAACUCAAGCGUAACGAACACAACACACACAUACAAACAAUUAAGACAACAUGUCAGAAGUAUUUAAAUUCAAUUAAGAAAAAAAAGUCAAAAACAAAUCCAAGCCAACACGUGGAAAGUAUAAAUGUCUAUUUGCACAAUAUAACUUUACCUGGGAAAAGAAAAUACAAAUUUUACAUCACUCGAAAACCGAAACCAUUGUUAUGAUCACAAACACCUCAGAAAACAAUCUCUCUUUAAACAAGAAAUUAAAUCUCGAAAAGUGUCAGUGUGCUAAUUUAUACUUAGAGCAACAAGCCGUUGAUCUUGACGUUUUCAAACUCGAAUACUUUUUCGUCUCGAACGUGUUUACCAGUGAACAAAA